CAUGUUUGUUGACGACCCCGCCACCAAUUGGAUGUCCCACUGCACCCACAGAUUGGAACCUCCAAACACCCACCCCGAAAACCAUCACCACCUCAGGCCCCUUCUUUCCCUUCCCCCUUCAAGCGCUGCGCGCGUACAGUAUUUCUCUCCCCAUCUUUUCCUCCCCCGACUUCAACCUCUCGUCGUAGCUUCUUUAGCUUCAUCCAGACAAAAUGAAGGGCGAGGUAUGUUUACAAUUAUGCUGCAGCCCGUCUCUCCGCUGCAUUGGAUUGCUUCGCUCUGCUCGAGAUACCCUUUGUGUGUUCCACUUGGUGUCUGGAGCUGUGCAGCUGGGGCGCCCCCUUAUUAUCCGUUGAAGCUGCUAUCCGACCUCGCGAUGCUGAUUCUCUGCUAUCCAGAUUCUUCACCUCCACCUGGGCCAGGCUGGUACCCAGCUCGGUAACUCUGCUUGGGAGCUCUACCUUCUCGAGCACGGUCUCGGCCCCGAUGGUCGCCCCGACCCCAAUGCUCCCGAUAUUGGUGACCCUGGUUCUUUCGAGACUUUCUUCACUGAGACCAGCAGCGGCAAGCAUGUUCCUCGAUCUCUCUUCGUCGAUCUUGACCCCUCUCCUAUUGACGAGAUCCGAACUGGCGAAUACCGUAAUCUUUUCCACCCCGAGUUGUUGAUCAGCGGCAAGGAGGAUGCCGCCAACAACUAUGCUCGUGGUCACUACACCAUUGGCAAGGAGAUGGUUGACAAUGUCAUUGACCGCAUUCGUCGCGUCGCCGACAACUGCCAGUCUCUUCAGGGUUUCCUGAUCUUCCACUCCUUCGGUGGUGGUACCGGUUCUGGUUUCGGUGCUCUUCUCCUCGAGCGUCUCUCUACCGAGUACGGCAAGAAGUCCAAGCUCGAGUUCGCCGUCUACCCUGCUCCCCGAACCUCGACUGCCGUCGUUGAGCCUUACAACGCUGUUCUCUCUACUCACAGCACUAUUGAGAACUCUGACUGUACUUUCCUCGUCGAUAACGAGGCUGUUUACGACAUCUGCCGUCGCAACCUCGAUAUUCCUCGACCCUCGUACGAGCACCUGAACCGCCUCAUUGCCCAGGUUGUCAGCUCCAUCACCUCCUCUCUCCGAUUUGACGGUGCCCUCAACGUCGAUCUCAACGAGUUCCAGACCAACUUGGUUCCCUACCCUCGAAUUCACUACCCUCUCAUCAGCUACGCCCCUGUCAUCUCCUCUGCCAAGAGUGAGCACGAGAGCUUCAAGGUCCAGGAGCUUACCUUCCAGUGCUUCGAGCCCAACAACCAGAUGGUUGUCUGCGAUCCCCGAAACGGCAAGUACAUGGCUGUCGCUCUUCUGUACCGCGGUGAUGUCGUUCCCCGCGACUGUAACGCCGCUAUCGCUGCCCUCAAGGCCAAGGCCUCAUUCAACUUGGUUGAGUGGUGCCCCACUGGUUUCAAGCUCGGCAUCAACUACCAGAAGCCCAUGGCUGUCCCCGCCGCUCCUGAGGCUGGAGGUCUUGCCCCCGUCAAGCGAUCCGUCUCUAUGCUUUCCAACACCACCGCCAUCGCUGAGGCUUGGUCCCGACUCGACUACAAGUUCGACCUCAUGCACAGCAAGCGCGCUUUCGUCCACUGGUACGUUGGUGAGGGUAUGGAGGAAGGCGAGUUCACCGAGGCCCGAGAGGAUCUCGCUGCUCUGGAGAAGGAUUACGAGGAGGUUGCUGCCGACUCCUUCGAGCCUGAGGAGGAGCUCGAGUACUAGACGAUCGCACAAGGCGAGUUUAUGUAAUCUCUUUCGACUUCUUUGACGACAUGUUUUAAGCGAUGGCUCGGACAGGGCUCAUGCCCGCGAAGCAAUGUACAGAAAAGAGUUGUGGAGGAAGUUGUUUAAGAUUCCCGAGAUUUUUGAGGUGGCACACAUAUGGGGGUAAAGAUGUGUUGGUCACCAAGCGCCAGAGUUUGGCUCAGGGUACCCCGUUAGUACAUGGUCUUGAAUGUUGGUGCUAGGUCCUUAUAGACGAGACUAUCCCUCGACGCAAGCUUGGUGCCUUUGUUAGCAGGCACGUAAAAUUGAUGAUAUAUCCAUUUUCAUUAAAAUAGUUUUGCCCACUACCUCGUGUUAUGUCGUUGAUAUGGGAACCACUAUCACACCAACGUACUGGGCUAGCUCCAACGAAGUCGUCGUGAUGUAAUCAUGAUUUGUAGUAAGAUUCCGUCUUAGAAUUCUGAAUCUUAAC